ACUCUUCCAGGUUCACGUCCGCAUUCAGAUGCCAGCUGUUCUCGGCUUCAACAUAGCUAUGCGUAAUCAGCUGUGCUUUUCGAAAGCCAACUCAAAGCAUCUAUAUGUUGUUGAUCGGUCUCCACCACACGUAGAGUCAUAUUUGUUUGAAGAACUACAUGUUAAAAACGAUGCUGGUGACUAGAGAUGCCAAGAACGUGAAUGAACGGGAGCUGACAUAAAUUCCGACUUCAAACUGAUGGAUAUCUUUAUCAUUAGUAUCUUCUCGGUCGUAACAAAAGAGAAGAGACAUGACUUCGCAAUUACAUCCCUUACUUGAUGAACAAAGUGCCAGGUUUCCUCGCCGGCGAUGGAUAUCUCUGCCGGGAGGAGAAGAUGGAGAGGAAACCCUCAUCGCAAGGUCCCGACGGGCCGCGCGGGACUUUUUAUCAUGCCGACGAGGGCAUUACCUCGUGCUGCUGCUCGUUUCGGUCGACGUCGCUUGCACCUUUGCGGAUUUUCUGAUCGAGCUACAUGUCUGCGAGUUGAAGCAGCGUGGUACUCAUGUGGCCGCCGGCUGGGGGGCCACCCAGCAGACACUCGCGAUCGUGGGGUUGGUAUUUUCGCACCUGUUUAUGCUGGAGUUGAUGGUUGCAAUAGUCAGCUUUGGCAGGGGUUACUUUUCAUCCAAGUUCCACGUUUUUGAUUCGCUAGUCAUCAUCGUCGCGUUCGCUGUGGAUGUUACUCUUCAUGGCGUACAGGCAGAACUCGGCUCCCUGGUCGUGGUACUUCGGUUAUGGCGUGUGUUCAAGAUUAUCGAGGAGCUCGAGUCUGCUAAUGAAGACACGCUGGAAGAGUAUGAGCAUGAGAUUGAAAGACUCCACCUGGAAAACACGUAUCUCCGUCAGAGACUUGACUCGACUUCCGGAUAAUGCCGACCCUAUGAAUUGACAAACGGAAAUCGUCUGCAAGCAGUUACGGUUUGUUGCGGUCCGUUCGUAUCCCCGUUUAGGGUAUCCUGUGACUCAGUUUAGCAUGUACAAUGCGGAGCACCCCGUCUUGGUACUCGACGUUGAGGGUGGAGACGAUCACUGUGGUGCCCUAUCCUGAGAUUUCCAUUUAGAAAGCAGGAUAAUCAGCAAUGGAAAC